CUCUUGCCUCUCGCUUGUGUGGUGUAGUGCAAAUAAAAAAAUCCCUACGCCAAGUAGCAAAAAGAAAAUUUUUGGUAUAACGAAAAGUUCGUAUUUUGCGGUAAAUAGUUGAAAUCAGCCUGUAAAACCAACGUGAAAAUGUGACCCAAGUGGCGUGGAUGUAAUUGACGUGAAAUUUUGCCCGAUCGGUGUCGUUUUCGAGGUGUAAUUUGCAAUCGAGGAAAUCAGUGUUUGGGAGCCUUUUGCUGACGAGCGAUUCUUUUUCUGCCUGCCGUGGAAGAAGAGAAAAAAUCAAAAUGGUUGUAUCAAAAGACGGCAAGCGACGGAGAAAAGUUGGAUCGGCCGCGGCGGCUGUCGGAGUGAAUAAUAGUUCCGGGAGUGCCACCAACAACAGUAACAGUGCCACCGGAGGCAGCUCUUCCGGAACGGGGUCCCGUGGAACCGGUGCCGCCCCAGUAGUUGCUUCCAGCGCAGCAGCGGCCAAAAGAGAUACCCCUGACAGUGAUCUUUCGCCGCCGGAGAUUCCGAAAAGGCCUAAAGUGCAAGCCCAACGGAAGUUUGCCCAAGGACAAGGUGCCGCUUCAACUUCAGCAUAUCUCAGCUUUACUACCAAUCCAACAAAUGCCACCAGAGAUGGACAAAAUCGAACGCAAAGUGGGUCCGAAGCCGGGCCCAUUCCGGAGUUGUUACCAAACAUGCGUCCGAAUACGGAAGACUUCCUUACGUUUCUUUGCUUCCGAGGAACUCAGGUGCUUCCGCCUAGUUUGGAUUUUUUCAACACAGCUGCGCAACAGAACGCCACCUCGUCUGAAAGCAGACAAAUGCCAUCGUCUUCGAAAACGGGUGCCAAGCAAUCUGGCCAACAACAAGAAUCACCAGCAGCGAAACAAGAUGAACCAGAAAAGAUCAAAAUCAGUACUACACCCUCAGUGACCAGUUCUGCUACCGUCAAGGAAGAUGACAAAAAGACAGAUAAAUCAGAACCAAUCUCAGAGAAGCCUGCGUUUAUGCCGUUUGCUGUGAGGAAGCGUGCUGAGCAACAUCCAGAGAACAGGAGAGUUCAAGCAGUUCAAGCAUUAAAGAAAAAAUAUCAUGAACAACGAAUGGCGAAAUUAAGAGUUACAGCAUAUAACAAACAAACCAGAGCUGGGACAAUGAAAAACAAACUCGAUUUGGAUGAGGUUGAAGAAGAUGGGAAGAAAGAAACUGAAGCGAGUGAAAAUGAAGAAAAAGAAACUCCGAAGCAGGAAAAGGCUAAUGUGGCUAAAAAGAAACCCGUCAAGAAGAAAGUAACGAAAAAAUCAACGAAAGAGGUUGAUAAUCAAGAAAUGCAGGAAUUGAUAGACGUUAAGAUUGUUUUGAACAAGGAUGAUGUUGAAAUGAAAAGUAUUGAAGUGAAAAAGGACGAACCUGUCGAGAAUGAAACACCUAAAAAAGAAGUUAUAAAAGAAAUUCCAAAGGCGAAAACGAAAGGAGUUAAGAAAAAAUCUGUAGAUGCAGAAGAUACAGAAAAGCGUACUACGAGGCUUUCCGCCUUGAGAAGCCCCACUAUUCGGCCUGCUUCGCCAGUUAAAGUACCAACACCUCCGCCAGUGAAAAUGCCAACACCUCCGUCUGUUCCGAUAGUUGUAAAACCAAAAGAACCAGAACCACCCGCGGAGCAAGAAUUUUCUUCGGAUGAUGAUGAACCGCUCCUCAAACGAGCAGCUAGGAAGAAAGCCAGCGCUAAAGCGACUAACGCUAAAAAGAGUAGAAAAUCGGAACCACUCCCGGAGAAGGUGUUGGAAGAACUUCCAGAAAAGAAGGCUCGUCGGUCUGAAUCGGUUAGCAGGAGAUCCGACGUGAGUUCCAAGAAAUCAGAUCAUCCUGUUGUGGAAACUCCACAUGUUCAGAAGAGGACAGUUCGUGGGCGUAAAAAGAUGGAACCAACGCCUCCUCCACCGCCAGUUCCGGUUACUGAAACUGCCGAUGAGGCGAAGAUAAUGCCAAAAUCGCCACCAGAAUCUGAGCUUCUGAAAAAGGAUACAAAGAGUAUAACUCCCGUACCAAAAACAGAUUCAAUGGUAGAUGAAAAAAUGGUAGAAAAUCCAACGCCGGAAAAAGAAUUACCUAAAUCUCCUCCUCCGGAAUCAUCAAGAAAAUCCCCACCGAAGAAAGGAUCGACUAGGAAGAAAAAGGCAGAACCGGUAGCAACACCUGAACCAGCUGCAGUGGAGGAAAAGAAAGCGAAAAAGACUCCCGAACCAGUUAUCGAGGUUUCUUCGCGGCCUAGCCGUAAAACGAAGGAAGCAGCCACUUUGUACAUGGAGCUGAUUGGACGAAAGUUGAACCAUGACGACAAAUCGGACGAUGAUGCUUCGUCACUGGACAGCCUAGAACUGCCAAAUGUUCGUAAAUUGGAGAAAAUGGAAAAUGAGCUGAAGGCUAAUGCUGGCAAGAAAGAAACUAAAACUGUGGUAGCUAAAAAAGGAAGAAAGAAAAAAGAAGUUGACGAAGUUAAACCGAUAGAAAAAGUUCCGGAGGUUGAGGUAAUAGAGAAAGUCGAAAAUGCCAUCGAAAAGCAUGAGGAACCGAAACAAGUAGAGAAAAGUUUCAGUGAUUCCGACGAAGAACCUCUAGCAUCUAAAUUCCAACGUAAGAAGAGCCAGAUUCGACAAAAACAAAAGGAGAAAAAUAAAACUAGGAAAUCUCCAACCAAAAAGAGUCCAGUAAAGUCGUCUCCUGUAAAGGAACCUCCUGUCGUUGAGCCGCCAACAGAAGAGGUGAAACCAGAAGAACCAGUAAUCGAGGAUAAGCCGUUGCAAGUAGACGCUCCCUCACCAGCUGCAGAAAGGCUACCUUCGCCCGCUCCAAAAGCACCUACUCCAGUGAAAACCCCAACGAAAAUGUCAGCAUCACCCAAAACUUCCAGUCCCAAAGUCGCUACUCCACAAAUGCUUAGUCUUCCACCUCAGCUAACCAGCCCAGAAGUUGUACGAUCGCCCAUAACGGAGGAUUUAACUCCGGCACGAGCUAACAAAUCACACGACAAUACAUUCCAAUCAACAGCAGCUGAAGCUAGCACUUCUCCCACAAAGCAACCAGCAGCGCAGCCUCAACAGCCUUUCAUUCGUGCAGUUAAACCCCUACCAAUCACAUCACCGGAGAUAUUUCCAGACAAACCUGCAGCUCCUGCACAACCGGAAAUACCGUUCAACCGUAACGUUAAAAAUGACUUCAACAUGGACGAAUCAGAUUUCCUCAAAGGAUUCGAACAAAGUUCACCUACGUCACCAGUGGCCCCAAAGUCCAAUUCGCUUCUAGGAAACCUGCUUCCCAGCAAGGAAGAAUCCGAAAAGAUAUUCGGAAUUGCCAGCGUGAGCUUAGCCCAGAGUUCUGGUCCACUUGAUACUAAAUGUACCUUAGGUAAAUGUGGCUCCGUGCAUAAACCUCCACUGGGGCCUCCUGUGUUGACCGAAUCACUGCUUGGAGGACAUUUAUCCCCGCGAGACAGACGGAAAACGAAAGUCAACAUGACUCACGAACAGAUCCAGAAAUGGAUUGACGAAACGUCGUGGUCACCCGUUCCAGACGACAUAGAUGGUGAUCUGAAAAUUCUCGAAACCCCGAAGACGCCAGUUCCUACACCUCCAGCCAUCGCUUGGGAAAAACUAGUAGAAAGUAAGCCGGAAACAGUGACCGUGGUUGAGACUCCAACCCCGGCGCCAACUCCUGCCCAGCCCAAAAAGGAAGAGGAAGUAAAACCACCUACUCCGCAACCCAGUGGAAGUGCUUCCCGGGGGCCGACCCUGAAAGCAAAACCCGUUACAGUGAAGCCGGAGAAAGAACCCGAGAUGGAACCGACGCCAGAACCACCCAAAGUCCCAGAGAAGAAACCCAAAGAGGAAACGAAAGAAGAAGAAAAACCCAAACCUCCAACUCCUGCCAAGUUACGUUCGCCCUCUCCGGUGAAAAAAGAAACCAAAAAGGACAACAAGAAAACGAAAACGGAAACUUCUACCGCAACAACCGUAUCCGCACCCGUAGUUACAACGGUUGCAACAACAACAUCUACCACCACAACACCAACACCAGCAUCAACAGCGGAUCGGAAACCGAUAUACAAACAGGGUAGAACUCCCGUAUACAAACAAGAGGCCUUAAAGUCGUCUGCGAAAGCUUCCAACCCUACAGCUCCCAACAAGUUCGGCGCUUUCUCACCCAACAACGAAGCAAGUGUGUAUUCGUUUGACAACGAAGAUAACUUUACACCGUUGGCCACACCGUUCCGACGACACAGCCGCAGGGAGUCUUGCAAUUCAUCAGCACGAGACGAAGUUCAGGCCCCGGCUGUAACGCCAAGCAGCAAAAAGCAAUCACCACCACAAGACGAAAAGGCUGCAUCCACGUCAACAUUCCAAAAACCGGUCAACUUAAGCACGCCAGCCAAAUCAGGAGGAGUUCAACCUGCAGUCAGUUUGACACUGAGUCCGGAUGAAGGCUCAAAGACUGCUGCCAUAUCUGUCCCGGUGGAAAGUAAUAAACCGGAACCAUCGAAAAAACCGGUCGAUGAAAAAAAGCCCCCAAAUGCCGACGAAUCGGACGAUGAUGGACACACGUUUUACAUUCCUUUGCAAGGUCCGAAUGCGGCAGGAAGUGGCAAAGCCGAUCAGCUAAUUCAGGGAGUGGCGGUAAAAUUGGGAACGGAAGGUCCCGAGGGUCCCAAUCAAAGAGUCAUUAUGCACGCCAAGUUGGUGACCAAGGCCCAGAUGGGUUCCAACACUACGCCCAUCCCGGAAUCGAUGAACGUGCAGGAGUUGGUUAAAAGUCUCAUGGCGGCUGGACCGAGCAUGAGCAAAGACGGAAUCUCCAAGAUGGUUCCCGUGGGAACAGUUCAGCCUCGAUUCAAAUCGAGCGAAUCGCCAGCGACAGAUAAAUCUCCCCCUCCCCCUCCGGCAACAGUAACUGCUCCUUCCACACCAGCACCCGAAGACACUAGAGGAGGUCUGUCCCGAAUCAAUUCCAAUUCUUCACUGAAUUCAUCCCAAAGGUCAAAGAACGCUAAGGCUAAGGCGAAAAUUGAUACUCAAGUACAACCUGACAAUAAUACGGCCUUCCCACGAAGGGACGAUCCUCCUCAAAUGGUAGAAGCACCCGUUUUCAAGCCUAACGAUAAGGAGUUCCACGAUCCCAUUGAAUACAUUGAAAGAAUUGCUCCCGUUGCAGCUCGAUUCGGCAUUUGUCGCAUUAUACCACCCGCCAGCUUUAAACCGGAAUGUCGGAUUGCUGACGAUAUGCGUUUCAUGGCCUAUAAUCAGUAUGUUCAUAAAAUGCUCCAUCGUUGGGGACCAAGUGCUAAGGAAUAUGCCGCUAUCAAAAAGUACCUGGCCACGCAAAGCAUCAAUCUGACAAAUCCACCGUUGAUCGGUGGUAUGGAAGUGGACCUUCCCAGAUUGUACCACACAGUGCAGGAAUUGGGCGGUUUGAAAGAAGUUAUCGAAAAGAAGAAAUGGGCUCGUGUCUCUGAGGAUAUGUGUAUUCCCAAAGCUGCGCACGAUCGUGUAUCAAAGCUCGACGAUAUCUACUGUAAAUAUCUUCUCCCAUACGACACACUUUCGCCAGCCGAGAGGCAAAAAUUAUUCGACGAAGUGGAAGCCGACUGGGCAAAACGAGAAGCGAAAGCUCGUCGGAAUGCGGAUAAAUGCGUUAGUUCCGAUAUUCGCAACAGUGGUGAUUCGGAUGAAGAUGAAGAGGAUUCCAAUGAAGAAGAGGAAGACGACGAACGCUCGAUGGAAUGCAUUAUGAAGGGUAGAAAUAUGCCGUUGAAUCAAUUCUUCCGGAUAGCAAGGAAUACAAUGGCACUGUGGUUCAAAAAUUCCGAACCAACCGUUGCGGAAAUCGAAAGCGAAUACUGGCGACAUGUAGCCGUUCGUGACAGUCACGUUUGUGUUCAUUCCGGUUCGAUAGAUUCCAGUGCUUACGGGUUUGGCUUCCCAGCGCCCAAAGUUAAAGGUUCGUCAUGUGCAAAACAUCCAUGGAAUCUCAAAGUCUUCACGAACAACAGCAGCUCGAUACUGCGGUCGCUUGGCCCGGUCAUGGGAAUAACCAUUCCGACGUUGCACGUGGGAAUGUUGUUCAGUGCUUGCUGCUGGUAUCGUGAUCCCCACGGUCUACCCUGGAUUGAAUACUUGCAUACCGGGGCCAGCAAAAUCUGGUACGGCGUUCCAGACGAUCAGAACUCAAACUUCCGAGCAGCUUUGACGCAGCUUGUCCCAACCCACUGUCAGAACAAAACCAUAUGGUUACCCUGCGACACUGCAAUGGUUCCACCGCACAUGCUGACUGAUCGGAAUGUUUCGCUGUGCCGUACUGAGCAACAACCCGGACAAUUUGUGGUGGUUUUCCCUAGGGCUUAUACAUCGAGCCUCUGCACUGGGUAUGCCGUUUCCGAGAGCGUGUAUUUCGCAUCCAGUUCAUGGCUCGGCACAGCAAAGGAGGAUUUCAGGGACAUCCAAGAAAGUUGCGAACCAACCAUGUUCUCCGUAGAGCAAUUAGUGUUCGCAGUUGCAAACGAUCAGCGCAGUAAUCCCGAUACUCUGGCGCAAAUAGUGCCAAUGAUAAACGAUAUCUACGAGAAGGAGAAACAGCAGCGCCAAACCAUAAAGGACCACGGGGUUAACAAAACCGAGAAAAUUGAAUCGAAGAAGAAGACUGCUUCGUUGGAGGAGUUCGAAUGCGACAUUUGUAGAGCCAACUUGUACUUGUCGUUGGUCCGGGUGAAAAUAACCGGCGAUGAUGGCGAGACGCUUGACGAGGACGAAAGGAUAUAUUGUCUGAAACAUGCCAUCAAGUUCCUUUCGGACAGUCGUCUGCCGGCCAAGUUCUGUAAACUUGCUUACACGUACUCGUUAGAAGAUAUAGAAGAGCUGUUGCGCAAAUUGCACGACAAAAUUGCAAAUAAAAAGACACCAAAAGCCAGUGCCGGAGGAAGCACAGGUGGUGGUGGAGGUGGCGGAAGAGCAAAAUCCUCGUUGCACCUGGCUUCGACGUCUUCGCAGUCUUCUUCGUCAUAUCAAGCGCCUAGUCACAGCAAGUAUGCCGGAAUGGCUACUCUGCUAAAGUAAUUGUACAUUGCAACUAAUUAAUGAACUGUGUGAGUGUGUCUUAGAGUUAAUUUUCGUUUUGACGACAGAAAGUUAAUCACGUCGCGUGGUUUGAUUAUUUGAUAUUAAUGUGUGCAGUUCUUCGAGGUAAGAUUAUUUAAAUUUACAGAUAGGUAACUGGAAUCACUUGCAUUAAAAUAUCAAAGCUAUAAACAUUAUCUUCACAGCACAUAAGUAACACAAAAAAGUGAACCACAAUAGGCAUACAAAUAUCAUUGGUUUCCCCUUUCCCAAGAGGUCCCUUUUAUCGGUAGAAAGUUGUGCUUUCGAUCAUACUUGUAUAUUAUUGUGAGUAGCAUUGAGUGGCAAAUAUCUAUCUAGUGAUAAAUUUACUGAAAUUCCGCUGCAUUGUACAAGCUGUGUGUUACUGUAACUUUCCAGUAUUAAAUUUAAGAUCACUUUUAAACAAACGGUGAACAAACGCUACGAACUAACAUUUUCAAAUUGUCCUUAAAUCUGGAAAAAUGAUUUCGAAACAUGCGCUAUUUCUGAAGAGACUGGUAGUAAAACUACAAUUUCAAAUAAAAUUUGAAGCAGAACGUUACGUCUGAUGCUUUGUUCGAAAUCAUUUCUCCAACAUCAUCAUAAAGCAUUCACAACCAACACGAUCCCUACCGGGUAGCUGUUUACCAAUCGCUGAACUGUUUCUUUCACAAUAUAAUUUAGAUUUACUACAACAACACAGUAAGUAGGGAUACAUAGUUUGCAGAAUUUGACUUAGGUUACAUUACUAUAGAUGUAAAUAGAUGUGUUUUUCAACGGUUGAGAAAAACAUGUUUUGCAAUACAAAGUGCAAUCCACAACACAAAAUGAUCACACAAAACUCCCAAUCUCUACUGGCUACUGCAUGUUAUUCCGAAUCUAUAAUUUCCUGAUUAGGACUCACAGCGGAUGGAGAAAAGAGAAAAUGCAUAAACAGUUUGCGUUUGCAUAGAUGAGAUGCCAGGACGAAACCCAAAUUGCAUUUAUCGAUAGAUUGGAUCAAAAUGUGAGAAUGCAUGAUAAUAGUUUUAGGCCAACAUUACAUGGUAGUUUAUUAUGGUAUAUGAAUAUCAAAGUAACAAUACAGAGGAGCAAAGAAACAGAUUCACACUAUUGAAACCCCUUCUCGCAGAUUAUAUAAUGAGAUGAUAAUAUAUCGACAGAUUUAAAAUAUUAUAAGUGAACGUUUCAAAUAGAUGAAAUUGAUGAAUAAAUUAAGGAAACCAUUGUA